AUGCUCGCUCGCAGAGUGGCCCUCAACCCCGCCGCCAGGCGUGCGUUUGUUGCACCAUGCGCCCCCCGUGCUAGGAUGUACACGUCCACGCCUCCACCCUCCCUUGUCUCCGUCCUUCCCUUCAAGCACACCCCGGAGGAAGCUCGGGGCCGCCUUAUGCAGAUCGGCCUCGCCGCCACUGCAAGCCCAAUGAACAUUCUGUUGUCCCUCGGCAUGCGUCUCUUCGGCGCCGACAUCGAGCCCAUCGGUCGCGAGCUUGGACUGGCCUCGAACUUGAAGCUCACAGAGAUGAAGGCCGCCUACUAUCCUGUCUGGGUCAUGGACUUGCUUGUGCAAGGCAAGGUGACGCCGACACAAGGUGGAAAGGCAAUGGACGCUUCCCUUGCGCUGCGUGGGGCCCAUAUCCCAGGAAACGCGUUCGCGCCCUUGUCCUACAUUUCAUUCCAGGUUGCAAAAGUGCCCAAGAACGAACUCAAAGAGUACAACCCACGGGAGGACCUGAAUCAGUUUGGUUCUGGGUACGAGAUUAUCGAAGUGCCAUUCAACGUAUCGCCAUUUGGAGUGCUUGACAGUGCGCGCCGCAAGGUUGGACACAAUUGCCAUGUCAACGACAUGCGGAUCGACGAGCGUGACUGGAAGACCAACCUUGCGGCUGCCUACCCCGUCAUGGUGCCCAUCUAUGUGGCCGAGUUUGAGUUCACUCCCGAUUCCAGCGAUGAGUCGUCGUAUUCCUACAGGGUCGUCAUGCACGCCGGCGAGGAACAGCUGUCCGAAUGCUCAAUCAACUGCCAGGUUCCCCCCAAGGAGAUGGUUGGCGAGCAGGGCGAGUCCAGGUACUGGCUAUGGACCGUUCCGUUUGUGGAUACCACUUCGUUCGUGCUCCCCAAGGCGCCCUUCACGGGGAGUGGCUUCCGCAAGACAGAGCCGACUAGCAAAGUGGUGAAUGACGCCAUCAUUCAAUGGAUGGCACCGAUGACCGAUGGCGACUCUGUGCCACCAUCGCCUACACUCUCCGUGGCCAACAAUGUCGAGCUCAACUGGUUUGACGCCCGCAUCCAGCGGUGGAUGGGCGAGGAGGCCCAGCAGAACCAGGCAUUCUUGGACAGUGCGGACUCUGUGGCUCGGUUCGCCCAGACAAUGGCCAGUUUCCAAGAAAUGGGCCUGCCUGAUGGUGUGGACCCCGUGGCCACUGUUGUGAGGUUUGGCAAGCGCGAGGCUGGCCACAAGAUGGUUGAGCGGACCCCUCGGAGUAAGAUGAUGCACGAGAUGGAGACGAGCCUCAACGAGGCGAUGGAGGAAAUGGAGACGCUCAAGCCACAAUGGCUGAUCGAGUAUGAGAUCGACCAGGAGACGGCUGCCGCCCAGCAGAAGAAGAAGAACAACAACAAGGACAGCAAGUAG